AUGGAUAAAGAGCUGUGCAAAAUUUGCCAAAACAAACAUGCGAGCUAUACUUGCCCCAGAUGCAAUAUAUUAUAUUGUUCCGUACAAUGCUACAAAUCCCAGCAGCACCUAGAAUGCUCCGAGGGGUUCUUCCGUGAAAACGUGGUUCAAGAGCUCGCUUUACGAAAAGCGGAUGAUGACGCCACUAAUUCGACAAAAUCGAUGCUUGAAAUACUGAAGCGAUUGGAUCCGCAGGAGCCAUGGGGAGGUGAUAAUUCGUCUGAAGAUUCAACGGUGGAACUCGACGAUGCUGAAGAGCAAAUAGACUCGGAUGACGAUGAACGCGAAAGCGAGCUUGCAACUAGGAUGGAAGGAGUGGAUCUUGAUGACAUGGAAAGUGUAUGGGAACGGCUCACCAGUGCAGAAAAACAAACGUUCGAAUGCCUUGUAGAAAACGGAGAUAUUACUAAGUUCCUUCCAGAACCGGACAUCUGGUGGACAAAGACCCAUGAAGUGGACCUCAUACAGCCCGUUGAAGAAAACUCUCGGCAGGAACGAGAAUUACUAAACGCUUGUCCUAAAAUUUACAGCACCAUCCCAAAAUUCGAUGAAAUAUUCAAAAAGGAGCCUUCACCAACGGUACGACAUAAUAUUGCCAACGUCCUAGCCGCUUACUCUUUCGUUUAUCGGUAUUUUCUUGGCGACAUUUAUGAAAAUUCCUUAGAAUCUGCAGACUGUCUGUUAAGCAUCUGCCUGAACCUUAAAAGUGGCGCGGUGUUUGACUCUGAGGCACUUGCAAUUGAAUCAAUUGUAAAUCAGUGUCAAAUUGAGGGACUGCCCACAGACGAAAAUACUCACUUCGUGCUGAAAGCCGACGUCUGCAUGUUUUUUGCUGGUCCAGCUUGCUGCGGAAAAAAGUACAGGAAGCUGUAUCUCUUGGCUGCGCUCUCUGAUAUUCGUAGUCUCCUAGGCAAAGCAAAUCGUGACAUGAAGCAGUUGAACAAUGAAACGAAUUCGAUGACUCUAGUGAAGCCGGGAGCAGAAGUAGUGAAUGACGGAGCGAAUAAAGAAACUAACAGCGAUGUCGCCGAUGUAAAACACAUCCAUGGUCCGGUGCUAAGAAACUGUCAGAAAAAAAUAGAUUUCUUUCUUGCUUAUGUUGUCUCAAAGUUUCAAAAAUAGUGUUAUCAAUCCCCUACGUGCACCACAAUUAGAAUACACACUGU